ACCCAACCAGCACGUCGGUGGCGCGAAACGGCGCGCGUUUCAGUGCACGCGAACACUCGUGUGGUCCAUCGUUCGUCUGAUCUCGCAGGAGGCUCCACGUUAUUUUCAGCAAUGUUCACCCCCAUCGCCAUCAAUUGAAAACCGUUGUAGUUGUCAGUGUGUUCGUGAUGUUCCCAAACUCGAAAAUCAAAACCGUCGAACCGACAAUUAGAGGUGGUGCUUGAGUCGCGGUGAUAUUCGUGGGGGAAUUACCUGGUGAUAUUUCGAUACCGAGCACUUAGGGACGGGCCCGUUCGGUGGGCGCUUGCAUCCUGGAGGAGGCGCCAUCAGAGGAGGACGGCAGAAUGGCUUUAUUGGGCAAAGAGAAGGAGAUGGACACCGUCACUCCGUUGCCACUACCGCCCCGGUAUCGGUUCAGGGAUCUCAUUUUGGGCGACUACGCAUUCAACGACGACGGCGAAAGGGUUCGAGUCGAAUACUACGUCAAUGAAAAUACCUUUAAGGAACGACUGCAGUUGUACUUCAUCAAAAAUCAAAGAUCUAGUCUUAGGAUACGAAUAGCAAAUUUAUUUUUUAAGCUGCUGACAUGCAUUUUGUACAUAAUACGUGUGAUUACGGACCUCGAUCCCACUUAUGCAGCAUGUUAUGGAUGCACGCCGGGAAACAAAACCGAAUACAUCAUAUCAGCCAACUUGACAGAAGAAAAAUUUCAAGAAAACCCGAUAAUCAAUUGGGAUGCGAUUCUGUGGGUGAACCGCCCCCUCGAACUUUGGAUCGUGCAGGUCAUCCUGGCCAUAAUCAGCCUCACCGAGGCUCUCUUACUAGCUUAUCUCGGAUACAAGGGUAACAUAUGGCAACAGCUGCUGUCAUUUCACUUCAUCUUAGAAAUAAUGAAUACAAUUCCGUUUACGUUAACACUUUUUUACCCUCCAUUGAGGAACGUGUUCAUCCCCGUAUUUCUAAAUUGUUGGUUAGCGAAGCAUUCAUUAGAAAAUAUGUUCAACGAUUUACACCGGGCAAUGCAAAAGUCUCAGUCCGCAUUGUCGCAGCAGCUCACCAUUUUGUCUGCAACACUAGUGUGUCUGGUGUUUACAAGCGUGUGCGGCAUUCAACACUUCCAAAGGGCGGGCCAUCGACAUCUGAACCUCUUCCAAGCCACGUACUACGUGGUGGUCACCUUCUCAACGGUGGGUUACGGCGAUUUCGUGCCGGACAUUUGGCCGUCGCAGCUCUACAUGGUGAUCAUGAUAUGCGUCGCCUUGAUCGUUCUGCCGACACAGUUUGAGCAGUUGGCGUUCACGUGGAUGGAACGGCAGAAGCUGGGCGGCUCCUACUCGUCGCACCGAGCUCAAUCGGAGAAACACGUGGUGGUGUGCAGCACGACGCUGCACGCCGACACCAUCAUGGACUUCCUGAACGAGUUCUACGCCCACCCCCUACUCCAGGACUAUUACGUGGUGCUGCUGUCGCCCAUGGAGCUGGACACGACCAUGCGGAUGAUCCUACAAGUGCCUAUCUGGGCCCAGCGGGUGAUCUACAUCCAGGGCUCGUGUCUGAAGGACGGCGACUUGGCCAGGGCCAGGAUGAACGAAGCCGAGGCCUGUUUCAUUUUGGCCGCCAGGAAUUACGCCGACAAAACUGCAGCGGACGAACACACGAUAUUAAGGUCGUGGGCGGUGAAGGACUUCGCGCCGAGCGUCGCCCAGUACGUGCAGAUCUUCAGGCCGGAGAACAAGCUGCACGUCAAAUUCGCCGAGUUCGUGGUCUGCGAGGACGAGUUCAAGUAUGCACUUCUGGCCAACAACUGCACGUGUCCGGGGGCGUCCACGCUCGUCACCCUCCUACUUCACACGUCACGUGGACAGGAAGGUCAGCAGUCGCAGGAGGAAUGGCACAGGCUUUACGGUCGGUGUUCGGGCAACGAAAUCUAUCACAUUGUCCUGGGGGAUAGCCGAUUCUUCGGCGAAUACGAGGGCAAGAGCUUCACCUACGCCAGCUUUCACUCGCACAGAAAAUAUGGAGUGGCCUUGGUGGGAGUGCGACCUGCAGAACUGCCGGAGUUCUACGAGGACACGAUCCUCCUUAACCCGGGCCCAAGGCACAUCAUGAAGAAGAGCGACACCUGCUACUACAUGAGCAUCACCAAGGAGGAAAACUCGUCGUUCAGCGUGACCAACCAGCAGUCCGGGAACGGCGCCUCCUCCGAACCGGUGAUCGUCACCCACGGCGGCCAAGAGAAAGAGGAAAAGCCGCCGCAGCCGGCACACAAAGAACACAAAGACGGUACCAGCCCCCCUCAGCUUAUUCUGCAAGUUCCCACCUGUGUCACAACGUUCCCGGAUUCCGGCGGAACGUUGAGCGACUCCCGACAGUGUCUCAAGGAGUCGUCGCCCGGCUCCAUAACAUUCGACGUGUCCAUAACCGGAAACCACCUGGACAUACCACGUGGCGACAAUCCCAACCUCCUGAGUCCGGAGACGAUAAACCAGAGGAGGAACUCCAGACGCCCCAGCAUCCUCCCGGUGCCGGACAUGUUCACCAGCAGCACCCUGAACAUAUCCCAAGACGCCGGCGACGAAGGGGACGAAAGCGACGACGAGCUGGACGACGACGUGCCCUGGAGGUCGCCCAGCGAGAAAAUUGCGUCCAGUCUUACUCUAGACGACUCUGGGGACAGCUCAGAACGGCUCGCAUGGCAUGACGAAUGUAUUAGCAUCGUGAAGGGUUUUCCGCCGGUGUCGCCCUACAUCGGCGUCAGCCCGACCCUCUGCUACCUGCUGAAAGAAAAGAAGCCGCUGUGCUGCUUGCAACUGGCGCAAGUUUGCGAGCAUUGCAGCUACAGAAACGCCAGGGAUUACCAGUGGCAGAACAAGACGAUUAUUUUGGCUGCCGAUUAUGCCAGCAACGGGAUCUACAACUUUAUUAUUCCGUUGAGGGCACAUUUCAGGUCCAAGACUAGUUUGAAUCCGAUUAUCUUGUUGUUGGAGAGGAGGCCGGACAUCGCCUUCUUGGAUGCCAUCUCGUAUUUUCCUUUGGUGUACUGGAUGUUGGGGUCGAUAGAUUGCUUGGACGACCUACUUCGAGCGGGCAUAACUUUGGCCGAAAAUGUUGUCGUCGUAAACAAAGAAUUGUCCAAUUCCGCUGAGGAGGACUCGCUCUCGGAUUGUAACACCAUCGUCGCCGUUCAAACUAUGUUCAAAUUCUUUCCGAGCAUUAAGAGCAUCACGGAGCUUUCUCAAUCGUCGAACAUGCGUUUCAUGCAGUUUAGGGCUCACGACAAGUACGCUCUGCACCUCUCCAAAAUGGAAAAGUCCGGACACAUGCACAAAAUGGCUAGAAGUAAUUCUGAAACCUUCAAUCAAAUAAUGAGAGAGAAGGAACGCGGCUCCCACAUCUCGUACAUGUUCCGGCUGCCUUUCGCCGCCGGAAGUGUUUUCAGUGCCAGCAUGUUGGACACGUUGCUGUACCAGGCGUUCGUCAAGGACUACGUGAUAACCUUCGUCCGACUGUUAUUGGGCGUCGAUCAGGCACCCGGCUCCGGAUUUCUGACCUCGAUGCGGAUAACGAAAGAUGACAUGUGGAUAAGGACGUACGGUCGUUUGUACCAGAAGCUGUGUUCGACAACGUGCGAGAUCCCCAUCGGGAUUUACAGGACUCAGGACACGUCGAUUUCGGACUCUUCUCAUGUGAGUAUGAGCAUCCCGUCGUCGAACUGGUCGAGCUGCGUACGUGUGCCCUCGCUUGACGAGGACUUGGGAGGCGACCGUGUAGGGGUAACUUAUCGGCCUAAGGAUAACACCAACUGCUUGGGAUGUACUAACAGACGUAGUUCCAUGGACUCUUUGGUUCAGUACUCGAUAAACAUGGCGGACGAAGCCAAGGACAACCACGAACAGCAAAUUGAAAGGGCGGAAAUCGCCAACCUGGUACGGUCAAGAAUGGAGAGCUUGAACCUGCCAGCCAUAGAUUAUAACGAUGUGAGUGAGAAGAGAAACAGUCUCUCCUAUGUGAUCAUCAAUCCGAGCUGUGACUUAAAACUAGAAGAAGGUGAUAUUAUAUAUUUAGUGAGACCCAGUCCAUUUUCGGCGCAAAAGACUUUCGAGAGGCAUAACAGUAGGCGGAAGUCCAACAUAAGUUUCUGCUCCCAGACGCUCCUACAGCAAAUGGGCUCCAGCUCCCAAGCCGGAAGUAGGAGAGGCUCUGGUCUAGGUCUGUCUGGUUACCAAUCACCACGACCUCCACCAUUAUCGACAACCAAAUCAAACUCACUCUCUCUCCCAGAUAGCCCCACAGUCGCCGGUUACCAAAGAGGCAGAUCAAACUCUUUGAGGGUUAUCGAUGAUAUACUGUUAAGAAGAUCGAAUUCCCUGCGACAAGGACUGACCAACGUGGGCAACGCUAGGCGGAAAAGCAGUCUGGAAGACAUUGGUCUCUCACACUUCUCCACCAACUACAACAACCCAAUCAAGAUCGCCCUCAACGGCAGCAUCGGUCUAGAAGUCACCCCACCGGAGGAGAACAGCCCGCCGGUGAUAUCAAGCAAUACGGCUCUGGUGGUGAACCCAUCCUUACCGCCGGUGGGCGUGCACACGGGAAGCACUUUGAGCCUCGCUCAAGCCGGACUUCUCAGUACGACGUCCCAGCCUCUCAACCUGGGAAUAAACGUUCCCACCUCAGUGUACGGGGACGUGGCCACGUCGCAGCAAGUCACGGGGUUGCUUCCCCAAGCUCCCACGACUGAUCCCCAACACUUACAGGGGACGAUCGUAUGAUACAACCUUAUGUGGGGGAGGAGAACGGGCAGCCUUAGGAAUAAAUGGCUCUGAAUCUCCUCACUUCCACAGUAGCGCUCUGCGAGUAGUAAUAGCCCGCAAUAUGGUCCACCAGCAAAUUAUUCAAAGUGUAACCGAAAAAAACCACCACACAUUCACCCCGCCGAACAAUGAUUUUUCUAAUUAUUCGAAUUUGUUGGCGGGAUUGCAUCGAUUUGCACCUCGUUUGGAUGGUUUUGAGCAUUUUUCGUAAUUAUACCUGAGAUAAUAAGUCUAAUUAUAUUGUCGGUAAGAUUGCACACUUGAAUCGAAUCAAUUUUAACUUUAAUUACUCUUAAUAAAUAACAAAUAAUAAUUGUUUAUAUAAUUUAAAUGUAUCAGUCAGAUAAGGAUUGAUACAUGAUGUUGUAUAAAUAUUAUUACUAAUCUUUUCUCUUACACUUUGACACUUUUUCGGAGACCUGCUCCGGUAGCGUAAACUUAGCGCAGAGCUAGUUUUUUUCUACCAAUAUUUGGCCUUAUAACUUUCUAUCAGAACUCUAGACUGAUACAUUAAUUCGUUUAAAACAAUAUAUUAUAUAAAUAAAUAAAUGAGGAGCCGAUUGUGCGAUCGGCCUAGCCAAAUUUUCUGUAAUAGUCCCCUAGAGAAACUGAACGGGAUUUAGUUAGUUAAUUGCAAAUCGACCAUUUAUAUAGAUUUCUGAUAAUGUGAACGACUGUUGUUGAAACUUGAUACACGAUUCUUCGAAAAUAAUUGCACUUUAUUUUCAUAUAAAAUCAAUAUUUAAUUUUAGAUAAAUCAACACAAUACUUAAAAGUAAAUAUAGCACAAUUUAUAUUCUAACUGAGGCAAAAUUCUUUAAACACAGAUUGCCACUAUCGAUAACAAUAACAAUAUUCCAUUAAACGAUAAGAAUCUUAUCAUGCUGUAAUAUAUUACAAAUUACAUACUCCAAAUACAGAACACAUAAAAAAUAUAAAAAUAUUUUUAAGAAUCUCUAUUAUUGUUUCAACUUCGGCUUCAUAAUCCUUAGCUGUCUAGCUCAAUAGCCGUUAGUUUAGGUUUGUAAAUAUAUAAAAAAUAUAUAUACAGUGACUAAGAAAACUGAUCUAGACUGGUUUUAAAACCAAUACUCGGAAAUUCAAGCAACAGUCUUGGCCAGUCUUCUUGUGGAACACUUUGUUUGAAUAAAAAUGGAAAUGUCUUAAAACAAUUCUUCUUCCACGCUGGCCAAAUGGCCUUUUUAUCAGUAUAUUUGUUCAGGUACGUUGAAUGAGGGAUCAAAUAAUGUAGUUAGAAAACCUAAUUGUUGGUAAUUUAAUUAUUACAUAGUUAGUUUAAAUGUUGAGAUGCCACAGUCUCAAGAACAAUGGUACAACCGUACCAAAACUUUAAGUCCGGGCCAAGUUUUCAAGCAGAGAUCACGUGGAACCAAAACGAAAAUUAAAUGUAAAUAAUUAUUUUUAAUUGGAGAGUAUAUUUGUAUAUUAAUAAACUUGGUCCGCCUAAUUCAGAAAUGCACUUUGCAAUAAUUUCAGCUUUGUAUUACUGAUAUGGAUUUUAAAAUAGUAAUACGUCACAAAUUGUACAUUCAUUCGUCAAUUUCAUAUGUUCAGCUUGUGCAAUCGCCGUUUAUUCUGUUAUUUCGUUCAAAGUUUGACCCUCCAGGUAAAUAAAGUCUAUUAGAUGUUAUAACUUGAAAUUAAUUCUAUGUGAAGCGACGUUUUACUUAAAGAAAUACUAUUCAAACAUAUAAUGUAAUCAAAAUGUAUGAAAUAACAUAUUUAAAACAUGUUUCUUGCUUUGUUAGAUUAGAAACAACCGUCCAAGCUAUUAUUGUACAUAUCUCUGUUAAGAACCGCCAAGGAAACUCUGAAAACUGUUGAAAACAACGAAAUAUGUUACAAUUCCGAAAUAUAUCUCAUUCAACAGCAAAAAUGAAAUGUUAAGUAUUUGGUGUCUAAAAUUUCCAGAUUUCCAUCCAGAUUUUUUUUGGCUGUUCGUCUUUGUAAGUAGUUACUCCAGAGCUGUACAUUUUUAGAUAAAGACUGCGUGUGGUCCAAUAUCCCUUGAAGAUAGCUUCAGUACAUAUCUAAGAAUAAGCGGAAUAUAAAAUAUAUAUAUUUUUCUAGAGUGAAUUAUUGAGGAUGUGAGUCGGUUGUUGAGUGAUAAUCAGCAUAUUUUUUGUAAAAUUUAUGAUUAUUGCUUGAGAACCUGUAAGACCAAUAACGCUUUGGUACUAUUGCUUUAUUUAAGGACAGCGAGGAGACGCGCUCAGUACGAGCAAGAAGACGUCGAAACGUUGUUCCAAUAAAAUACUUUUUUAUAUAAUUCUACUGAAAUAUAUUGUAAAUAGUUUGAUUAUUAGCCCUAAGUAAAUGCUUACCUUGUAAAACUAGAUAAAUUGUAAUAUACCUAGUAAUUAGCUUAAUUCUACUAGCAUUCAAAUAAAUUAUUUAAGCAAUUUGUUGGACAGUGUUUUCAAAAUUUCUCCAACAUGUUGCACUUUGCACGAAAAAAGUGAAAUUUGACAGUGUGGAGGAUUGUUAUCGAUUACGCUUAAAAUUAAUGUACAGUUAAAAGUAAAUAGCACAUUAUAUACAUUGUAUUUUC